AUGUCGGCCGCCGUUCGCUACGACUCGGCCGACGUCCCCCGCCCGACGACCCGCGCCCCCGGGCCCGCCCCCGCAAGAGGCGCAACCGUCCGGCGUGCGAAGACGCUCACCCGCCCCGAACGAGGCGUCGCACCACCACCGCUGAUAGCGCCCACCACCGCCGUCUCCACCGCAUCACCCGUCCUCGGCACUCCACUCGUGCAAGCCGGUGACGAAGGCGGGUUCGAUGCCUGGCGCCUCUUCACCAUCGUCAUCACUUUUUGGGCGCCCUCCUUCCUUCUUCAGAGCGUCGGCGGCCUCAAGGACAAGAACGCGAUCCAUGCCUGGCGCGAGAAGAUGGCGCUCUGCAUUAUCAUCGCCGUCAUGUGCGCCGUCGUCGGUUUCGCAACCGUCGGCCUCCAGAAGGUGCUCUGCCCACAGACGACCGCCGGUUCCGGCCACACCUCCCACUUCUCAAGGCUAGGGUCCACCUCGGGCACGCUCGGCGUCGCCGGCUGGCAAUUCAACGUUUCCAACUCCAAAUCGACCGCCGACGUCAAUUUCAUCCAGCUCGCGCAGAAACAGGCCGGGCAGGACAUCACGACCCUCUUCACCCGGGACGCGAAGCAGUUCAGCAAGUGCGGCGGGCUCAACUACCGCAUCGCCGUCGACGAGCCCUGCAACAGCGUCACGAAAUGUACCUUACCCGCCCUCAAUGCCUCCUCGACGUUUACCACUCUUGGGCUCGUCAACACCUCGCUCGUCGUCGGCUACGACUGGGACCAAGUCGCCGCUCUCUCCUCCUACCUCGUGCUCGACGGCGCCGUCCUCAACCUCUCCCCCUACCUCUCCCUCCACCCAAACGCCAUCUCGGGCGACGCCGUCGACGCCGCGCUCCGCACCGUGCUCAAAACCGGCAACGGUAAACACGGCAAAGACGGCACGCGCCUCUUCUACAACUCGGCCGCGCUGCGCGCCGCCGUGCCCUGCCUCCAACAGCGCUACUACGCCGGCAACAUCGACAAGGUCACCCCGGGCUGCUUCGUCGCCCAGCUCGUGCUCUACGCCGGCCUGAUCGUCAUCAUGGCCCUCAUCCUCAUCCGCUUCGCCAUGGCCUGCGUCUUCAACUGGUUCCUCUCCGAGCGCCUCGCCGGCCCCGUCGACACGCGCGAGCUCCGGCGCCAGGCGGUCAGCCCCGCCGUCAUGCCCGAGGGCGCGAACGUCGCCGUCGACAGCCGCCACGGCACCGCGCCCUGGGCCGGGCCGGCCGGGACGAAGAAGAUCACCAAGGGGUCCUCCAACAGACCGGGCGCGCCGCGCUCUCUCGCGUCGUCGACGUCGACCCUCGUCAACGGCGCGAACGACGCGCCGGCCCCGGUGAUGUCGCUCGCCCAGAUCGGCGCCGAGCUGUUCGCGGUGUGCCUCGUGACGGCCUACUCCGAGGGCGAGGAGUCGAUGCGCGCGACGCUCGACUCGGUCAGCGCGACGACGUACUCGGACGCGCGCAAGCUCAUCUUCGUCGUCGCGGACGGGAUGAUCACCGGUGCGGGCGAGAAGCGGAGUACGCCCGAUAUCUGCGUCGGCCUCCUCGACGCCGAUCCGCGAUUCGGAAACCCCACGCCGAUGAGCUACUUCGCGGUUGGGAGCGGGAAGAAGAAGGAGAACAGGGCGAUGGUGUAUGCAGGGCACUACACUGCUGCUGGACGGAGGACACCGACGAUCAUCGUGGUCAAGUGCGGCACGGAGCAGGAGGCGGCGACGGACAAGAAGCCGGGCAACCGUGGCAAACGCGACUCGCAACUCAUCCUCAUGAAUUUCUUCUCGCGCGUGACGUACAACGACCGGAUGACGCCUCUCGACUACGAUCUGUUCAGGAAGAUACACGUGCUCAUGGGCGUCACGCCGGACUUCUUUGAGGUUUGCUUGAUGGUCGACGCUGAUACGAAGGUCUUCCCCGAGUCGCUCAAAUACCUCGUCAACUGCAUGCACCACGACCCGAUGAUCAUGGGCGUCUGCGGCGAGACUCGAAUAGCGAACAAGCGCGAUUCGUGGGUCACCGCGAUCCAGGUGUUCGAGUACUUCAUCUCGCAUCACAUGGCGAAGGCGUUCGAGUCCGUGUUCGGUGGUGUCUCGUGUCUUCCCGGAUGUUUCUCCAUGUUCAGGCUCAAGGCGCGGAAGAGCACGGGCGAUGACUGGGUGCCGCUGAUCGUCAAGCCCGAGAUUGUGAAUCAAUACUCGCAGUCGGAAGUGACGACGCUGCACCAGAAGAACCUACUCCUGCUCGGCGAAGAUCGGUUCCUGACGACGCUUCUCAUCCGGACGUUCCCGAACCGGAAGAUGAUGUUCCUCCCGCAGGCGCGCUGCCGGACGGUCGUGCCCGACACGUUCAGCAUCCUGCUCUCCCAGCGUCGGCGGUGGAUCAACUCGACGAUCCACAACCUGAUGGAGCUCGUCCUCGUCCGGAACCUGUGCGGCACGUUCUGCUUCAGCAUGCAGUUCGUCGUGUUCAUGGACCUGCUUGGUACCGUCGUGCUCCCUGUCGCGAUCGUGCUGACGUAUAUCCUCAUCGUGUCCUCCGCGCUGAGCCCGCCCAAGUCGUUCGACGAGGCGAUCCCGCUCGUGCUCCUCGUCGCGGUGCUUGGUUUACCCGCGGUGUUGAUCUUGAUUACGACGAGGAAGGUGGUGUACGUGUUCUGGAUGUUGGUGUACCUCAUGGCGCUCCCGGUUUGGAACUUUGUGUUGCCGGUGUACGCGUUCUGGCAUUUCGACGAUUUCUCGUGGGGAGAGACGAGGAAAGUAGAAGGCGAGGCCAAGGGCGAAGCGCACGGAGAAGGCGGGGGUACGUUCGACGGUUCCUCCGUCCCGCUCCGGCGCUGGGAAGACUGGGAACGGUCCCGGUUACGCAAGCUUAAGCGACAGGAGCGCCGCAAGCGCGAGCUCGAGCGCGCAUUCCCGAACGGAUACGACGCGGACGGCGGGUUGGUCGUGCCCUCGUCGACACGGACGUCGACAUACGACGGCUCGGACACGAUGUCGCUCGCGAGCUCGGCGGAGGAGGAUCAGUGGGGCGGCCAGAUCGGCGGCUAUAACGAGAACAGCACCGCGUACCCGGCUCCGCCCCUCGGGCUGUAUCAGCAUCAACCGUCGGAGGCCGGAAAGACGCUCGGCGCGAGGGACCUGGAGGCGAUGUUGGAGAUGGGUUUUGACGAUCCGCCGCAACGGACCGGGCCUGGGAGGCCCCAGCAGCAGAUGCCGCCGCAACAGCAGUCGAUGCGCGCCCCGCCUGGCCCGGCGAGGUUUCAACUGAGCGACUCGCAACCGCAGUAUACGCCGCUGUCGCGUGAUGGGGCAUCGCCGACGACGCCAGGACCGCACGGAAUGAGCAGCGGGUCGCAAUACUCGAAUACGCAUGCGCGGAAACGGAGUGGCGGAAGGGGUGAAGGCGACCAGAGGGGCAGGUAUGGGCCGUUAGGCCCGCUCGACCCGGGUGGACGGAUUUGACGAAGGUUGGCGAACGGUUCCUUGUCUCUUCUCUUGAUACGAACUCGCACGCGAAAGAGGGGCUAUAAAAGCAGGAUGAUGCCGGCGUUGCGGGUUUCUGGCGCUGUUCGCCUCCCGCAACCCGCUUUCCCUCCCCAUGGACGCUGCCCCCAUCUCUCACUACCUCGCAUUGGAUCUCUCUCAUUUAUCCCAUCCACUCAUUGGAACAGACCCGUCAUUCCUCCAUCCUUGUUUCACGAAGCGUCAUCUUCCUGCAUGUUGUGUAGCCCCGCCCGUUCAUCCCUUCCGCCUCCGACACCCCACGAACGCCCGGCCCACACCCAACGGACCAUUCGAAACCCACGAUUCGCAUUAUUACUACGUACUGUAGUCCUCCGCGCCGCUCGCUUGCUGCCAGCUAAUUGACCCAUAUCACGCCUUCCAGCCCGCCUUUGCAUCGAUAUUGACCCGUAAACGCAUUCCCCUUCUUUCCCUAUCUGGCAUAUCCCCCUUUCUUUUCCCUCUAUGACCCUUCAUUCAUUCCCC